AAUACAAAUUUUAAAUCGGGAAACAUUUCAUCAAAUUAAAAAACCUAUUAUAAUAUUUUUUAAUCAUUUUCGUGAAAAAUGUGCCUACCACACCAAAUGGCUGGACAGAAUGUAUGAAUUGGCCUUAAAAUAUGGAGAUCGCAUUGUAUUCAUAGCAGCCGAUAUGAUCGACAUGGAUGUUAUGUAUCCGGGAAGAAAUUCAAUUAAUUUCUUUUGCAGACUGGUAAGACCCGAGGAUGAGUCGCCGAAUACCUAUGCCAUAGAUGAGAAGAAACGAAUACACACUCAUUACGAUGCCUACAAAACAGUGGAGAAUCUCUCAGAAUUAUGUGAAAAUCUCUUAAAUGAAAAACUAUUUCCCUCACUGCCAUUGCCAGAAAAUAAUGAAACAAAUUUGGUUAAAAUAUGUGUGGAACUUAAUUAUGAAGAAUUGAUAUUAAAAUCUACCAAAAAUAUAUUCUUUAUAGGAAAUUUGGAUCGUUAUCAUUACAGUGAACAUGAGCCGAAUUAUGAAAAUGUGGCAUUGGCCUUAAAAGACUACAAUUUGGAUGUUGUGUAUAUGGAGGCUGAAAAGAAUUACAUACCCUUCGAGUAUCAAGUUAAUUGUUAUCCAACCAUAUUAUUUAUACCUUGCAAUGAUAAAAAGAAUUUCAUAUACUAUGAAGGCUCUAGAAAAGAAGAGGAAAUAAUAGAAUUUUUAAAAAAAAUCAUUGAACAGCCAGAGUUUUUACUGCUCAAACAACAGGAGUUGAAAACUAGAACGUUGAAGAAAACUGUACAAGUACCUAAUGAUUUUCAAAUAGAUUUUCAUGAUUUGCCACAAUUUUUCCAAGAAAACUUUGACAACAAAAUUAAAGUACUGGAUCGUCAAGUACUAACAAAUGCCAAAAGAUUCAACUGUGCUUUAGUAAUAUUUAUGGAUUUUCCAAACAUGAAAUGCCUAAAUCAUCAUAUACAAUGGCUAAAUAAAAUCUAUCAAGUGGCGGAGAGGUCCUAUUCAAUACAUUUCUAUAUUGCUGACUUUAAGGAUAUUGAUGUUAUUAAUAGCAAAUGGAAAGCAGAAGACUUUAGAAAAACAGCUUUAGGAAAACCGAAAAUAUAUGCCAUCGAUUAUCUAAAGCACACUUACAAAUUUGAUGAUUUUAAAUCAAUAGCAUCAUUAUUUUAUUUCACUUUCAGUCUUCAAAAUAGACAAUAUUAUUAUUCUCAAGUAUAUCCGAGAUCAAAUAUGCAUGAAAUGGUUAAACAAUGGACGGCUGAUUAUUUUAAUAUUUUUCUUCACAAAACUAAAAAACAUACCUUCAUAACAUUUUACUCCUCAUAUGAUGAGAAUUCUCAGAAACUCUUAAGUUUAUUGGAUACGAUUGCCCCUGAUGUCAAGGAUCUGAAUGUUGAAGUGGUAAAAUUCGAUGUUAAACUGAACUAUGUGGAUUUGGAGUAUACUCAGGAUAGCUAUCCGGUGCAUUAUUUUAUACCCAAACAUAAUAAAAGAGAUAGUAGGCUGUUUAACGAUUGUGAUUUAAAUAGGGAUAAAAUGUUGGAGUUUAUUAAGAAUAAUGUGGAGAGAAAAUAAAGUUUUAAUUUGUUU